AUGGAUAAUCAUCUAGAUAAGAACGAUGCAGACGAGAGGCUGUCAUCGCCGGAAUCUCAACAUGAAAUUAUAAUAAAUAUGCCACCCGCCGUUGAACAUGGCCAUGUUGUGUAUCUGCCAGAUGCGAAUUUGGAUGCCACAGGGACGGAGGCUUCAUUCAAACUCGACCUAAAGGAGCUACUUCCGAAUGCGGGUCGAACAGAGAACGAUCGUGUGACUUCCCAGCUGGAUGAUGUGCCCAGCACGAGUGCUCAAUCCGCAGUUCUCAAUCCCCGAUCCGCAGAGGAUCAGGGUCUCCAGACCAAGAUAGAGAAUCCCAAAAAGGCAGGAUCCCCUAAGCAGUUGCGUAAUGUACUGGAACUAAUCUGUCGCUUCUCCCACGAUCUCGAUGUAAUGGAGAGCCUGGAGGCACCCCACCCGGCAGUCAUUCUCCAAAUUCCACAAUACUGCGAACUGGGCACCCAGACCACUGAGGUGCCAUCCCAGUCCCGGCGAUUGCGUUUGGAUCUGACCAACCUGAGACCAGAUCCAAAUCGACCGCCCUGCGAACGCAGGCAGCACACGUUCACCAUUAGUGGCAACAAUCUGCCGGCCAAUCCUCCCCAGCUUCGACAAACGAUCUGCGCGCGAAUUGGACGCUCCAUCUGCGAUUUUGUGGCAGCCUUUUGCCUCUGCCUGCAGGUGAACAAGGAUUGUAUCUUCUGUCUGGGUUUCUUUGUGGCCUUUGUGAUCAGUGCCAGCUUCCUCACUGCCUUCUUCUACCGCACCCUCAGCUUCUCCUCGUCACCGGUGCGAGUGGUUGCCAAUCCGGUGAGUGGCACCAUGCGCUACGAACUUGCCACACUGAGAUUUAACGGAGGCUACUACUACAUCUAUAAUAGCAGUCAACAAAAGUUUCUCUAGUCUAA